ACCGUUCGUUCCCUCGUGGCCCUAACAACCUCCUCGGCAUGUGACGUGCAGCCUGCGACACACGUCAUGUUGGCCUUGCAUUACGUCUUCCAGAGCACUCAAAUAUGUUGAUUCAUCUGCGGGGCAAUGAUCUGACGCCGCUCUGCUGCGCCGCACGCACAAAGCUCAAAGUAAUUACAAUGGAUUCCACACCACAAACUGGUCUCGACACACCUCCAAACUCAGGUCGAACCCACAAGCCGUCGCUCCUCGCUUGAUAAGGCGUAUACGUAUACUCAACGCACUAGUAUAGUAUUCAGCUUUGUUGGCCCUUUGGCCCAAGUGCUUUCCCACUGUUCAGCACUGGCUUAUACCGAAAACGUGCGCUCUACCGCCAAUGUCUUCUACACAAGCACCAUCCCGUAGGCAAAUACCUGGCACAUAUGUUUUCAACUUGGAGUCUACCAACGCACAAGGAAAUAAUAGGAAGUUGACCAGGCGUCCCUUUACUGCCUGUGAAGCCUGUCGCGACGCGAAAGCCAAAUGCAAUGGGAAGAGACAGUGCGAACGAUGCAAGAAACGGCGGACUCGCUGCAUUUACGCCGGCUCCAUAUUCAAGGAUGACAUACCGAGCCAACAAUCGGAUGCGGCGAGCAGCUCUGUCCUCAAGGCUCAUGAGACCGAUCUAAUGCUCGUCGACUUCUCCGGUGCUAUCGAUACACCGCAGAGACAGGGCUCGGAUGCUGGUAACGAAAACAAUCAUCAAACCCCAGCGGUUGACGCCGAGUGGCCUGAGGAUUCACUCAACACGGCUUUGGAGCAACUUGACUGGGUUUUCGCCGAUGACGACAGCUUCGAUAUGACGAAGGCUACUGACCCCGACUUGGCCGCCACCUCGCUCCUGGCAAACAUACACAACAUGUCAACCUCAUCGUCUAUAGCAGGCCUGGAGGAAGGGAACAAAGGAGAUUCGGUUGAUUUUUCAAUUCUGCAAACGCGUAAUAAUUGCCAGUGCCGAGCAAGGCUGAUGAUGCAGAUACCGAGUCUCGAGGAUAUCAUGCGGCAGCUGCCAAAGCCACGGUUGGACCAGAUGAUGAAGAUCACCGGCGAGAUAAUCAAGGGCUGCAACUCGGCAGUCAGCUGCUCUCACUGUCGGAUUGGGCCAGUCGAUCUGGUUUGCAUAUUGACUGCCUUCCAGCAGACAGCGUCGUGCUUUAAUCGAAUCACGAAAUCUGGCCUUGACGAUAACAUCCAGAUUGGUAUCGGUGAAUACCAGAUUCAACUAAACGACGAUCCUGGUCUGAAGUGUGCACUAGUCAUGAAUCUGGUUCGACAGGCUAAUACUUUACUUGAUGCCCUUGAUAACCUCGGGGAAAACAUGUCGUUAGCUGAAAAUUCAACCGGACGAGGAGCAGUAAGCCGAUCCCCAGCUUGCUUGAACCAACUCAACUUGCAAUAUGUGCAAGAGGUCGUGUUUAACUUCAGAAAGCUGUUCCGCUUGAUGAGCAAUGUUUUCGAAGACAGGGGCUAUGCAAGAUAGCCCGAUCAAGACUCUAUAUUCUCUAUAUACAUGGAACUUGUCACUCGCAUAUAGUAUCAUUGUGUACAGUCAAGAGGAUCUGACCGCUCGGGAAGGUGGUCAGAAAAUGUUGUGUGUGCAAAAGUUAUUUUAGGAUUAUGUUCUUUCUUUAUUGAAACAAGAUACCCUUAC